AGGAGAUGAGUUGUAUUGACUUAAGAUUCCAAUACAACUUAUCUCCUUAUUAUUAAUAAAUUAAAAUCAUGUUUUCAAUAAAUACUAAUGUUGUUUUAAUUUUAUCUAUAAAUAUAAUAAUACGUAAUAUUAAUAGGAUUAUUAUUAUUAUAAAUUAUUGAACGCGAGAAUAGUAAGUAACAGUGGGUGCAGUCUUGACCGAGCCUAAAUCAGAAUUCGGGAAGAUUGAUUCAGUCCUGCUCAACCUAUCUUCAAGCGUCAAGUUUAGAUCGGUGUUACAUUCUAGACUGGAGCAUCCUUACUUCCGCUGUAUCAUCAAGGCUUAAUCAAUAUUGACCAAUGCUCAGCCAAUUUUUAUAAAGGCUCAACUCAUCGUCAUACUUUACAACCAAAUAAAGUUAUUGCAAUUCUGAAGCUACCAAUCGAAAGCUAACAAAUUGUUGAUUCCACAUUGGAUUGAAAGUUUUCAAUUAUUCUUAGAAUUCCAAAUAAUUUUUGUUAUUACACUGAAGAAGAAAGAAGAAGAAAUAUAUUUUAUCGUAAUUAGACUAAAAUUUUCACAAUUUUUAUUACAACGAAAUGACUGGUAAUUUUAAACGUUGUGUGGAAUUAUUAGAAGGUAAUGAUGAAAAAGUUUUGGGUGAAGCUCGAUUUGUUUUGACAAAGCUAUGUGAAAAUAUUCUAAAUUUUCCUACAAAUGAAAAAUAUCGUAAAGUUCGAUUGAGUAAUCCUAUUGUUAUGAGCAAACUUUUACCUGCUUCUGGAGCAAUCGAAUGUUUAUUUGAAGCUGGAUUCAUUGAGACUGAUGAUGGUUUUUAUUUACCGAAAGAUGUAUCGCUUUCAUUAAUUCAAGAUUUAAAGCGUUCGAUUGAUAAUUUAUCAUCAAAAAUUGUUUCACAAGAACCAAACUGUCAGAAUAAAACUGAACCCAUGUCAAGACAAAUAUUUCAAAAUUCAAACCAAACACGGUUUUUUAAUGAAAUUGAAAGACAUUUUGAAGAUGUUUUGGAUCUCGAGGAUAAAAAAUUACAGGCUCGUGCUAAAAUGCUUAUACCUCUUGAAGAAUUACAAAUAAAAACAAUGGAAAGGAUGAGGUUCAUUCAAAGAGAAAUUAAAACAAGAAACAUAGAAAAUGAAUGUAGUAAUAUAGAAAGUGCAGAAGAAAAUUUUACCAUGGAAGAUUUGCUUUUAGUACAAUUAAUUAACUGGUUUAAAUGUGAGUUUUUUAAAUGGGUAAAUAGUCCGCCUUGUAAUGUUUGUUCUAACGAAUGUUCUUUCGUCAGAGUUGAACCAUCCAAAAAUCCUGGCAUAUCAAGAAUUGAAAUACACAGGUGUGGUGUUUGUGGAAAUGAUGUACAAUUUCCACGUUAUACAGAUCCCAAUAUGUUACUAACGACUCGAGAAGGACGUUGCGGUGAAUGGGCUCGUGUAUUUACUCUUAUGUGUCGAUCGCUUGGUUACGAUACAAGGUUUAUAGUGGAUAAAACUGAUCAUGUUUGGACUGAGGUUUGGUCAGUGGCUCAGAAACGAUGGAUUCAUGCAGAUUCUUGUGAAAAUGCAAUGGAUCGACCUCUAAUGUAUGAAAAAGGUUGGGGGAAAAAAUUAUCAUACAUAAUAGCUUAUUCAAAAGAUGAAAUUCAAGACGUGACAUGGCGCUACACAAGUAAUCCAGAAGCUGUAAAAAGAGAAAGAAAUCUUUGUUCUGAAGAAAGUCUUGUAGCUUUUAUAUUGGAACUUACUAACCGACGAUUACAUUCCCUAAGUUCAGUUAGAAAAGAAUAUAUUGUGAAACAUAGACUAUUAGAAUUAGUUGAUAUGCUACCAGCUCCACCAGGAUGUAAAAAAGUAGAGGAAAACGAAAAUGUCACAUACGAAGGUCGUAUCUCAGGAUCUCUAGCUUGGAAAUUGGCUCGAGGAGAAACUCAAGUCACAAGACAAAAAUAUCAAAAAUGGAUAAUUCCAAAAGGAACUAAACACUACGAAUUACGAUAUUUUGUAGUUAAGGACAUUUAUGAGGUUUCAAUUGAAAAUAAUAAGAGCCUCCUAGAAACGAGAAUCGGAUGGCAAGAAGGAAUUGCUGAGAAUGAGGGAGGAAUUUUUCGAAAAGAGGAAUCAGAUUGGAAAAUGGUGUACCUUGCACGCUCUUCUGACAAUGAAUUUGGAUUUAUAAGUUGGACAUUUGAAGUGAAUGAUGAAAAUCUAGUCAUGAGUAGUUUAAAAUUAAAUGCCCUUAUUGGUACCUUCCAUAGUGGUGAUGUUGAAUGGGUUGUGGAGAAAUUUUAUUUAGAAACAAGUGAAACUGAAAAAAUUGAAAAUAAUAGUGAAAAUUUUGAAAUUGAUUUGAAGAAAGCGGUUCGCAUUAAUAUCAAGGCAAUUCUAUCGGGAGGAAAUGGUGAAUUAGCCUGGCAACACGCACAACUCUUUCGUCAAAGUCUUAAUUCCAGUGAAAAACAUUCCAUGCUUAUAAGUAUAUCUUUAGAAAAACGGUAAAUAACUGAUACUUGUUAGUAAAGUAUGAAAUAUAUAUUUUAAUUUAUACAUGUUUUUUUACAUAUAAAAAAGCAUUUAUAGACAUCACACUAUUUACGAUACAUAUUACAAAAACAUUUUCGUACUUUUUACUUACAUUUUUUGUACAAUAAUUAAAAAUGUAUAAUUAAAGUAAAGAGACAAAUUUA